UGUUUCUCUACAAGGCGAAUGUGACGGUCUCGGCUCGUCCUGGCGCCGCGAGCGGAAACUCAACCAUCGAGGGACGGGGUGAAAAGAGAGAAGAUGACUGGGACGACUGGGAGUUUGUCCCUGUUGCUUUUAGCUCGCCUCUUCCUGACGGUGGAGUCGCAGACGGGCCAAGUGUUACCACCACAGAAUCUGUCCCUGCUCUGGAUUGAAGACUUCAAACCUGAGUUGACCUGGACACACCCACAGGCCUCAGGGACGAACUGCACCUAUGAUGUGCGUUUAAAAACAGACAAUAGUGAUGAUCCGGAGAAUGUCGCUUCUCCUCCCUGGACCUCUUCUGUCCCGGUCGAAGAAUUUCUGAGUCUGUCCAUUAAAACUGUCUGUGGUGGAGAACGCAGCAAGUUAACUGUCGUUUCUUAUCCAGAGAUGGUGAGGAAUUUGAAGGGCUACUGGUACUCUGAAGAAAACGCUAGCGUCUUCUGGGAGCCAGCCGUUCCCAGGACAAAUGUUGUUUUUUUCUAUCGAUUGAUAUACCAGGAUGGUAGUAGGUCUAUGAAUGACCCCCGCCCGCCCCUGCAAGAGUGCUCUUCGUACAGUUUCACAAGAGGCGUCAGGACUGGCUGUGAGCUGCAGGUCAACCUGAGGCAGCGCAUUGAUAUCUUGUUCAAUGGGACGGAGAACAAGAAGCUUUUCAGGAACACCUUCAAGGUGAUGCCACGAUUUAAUUUUUCUGUGAAACUGCCUCCCCUUGAGUGGACAGUAAAAAAGACUGGGAAUAAAUUCAACAUCAACUGGACUACUCCUCGCACCACGGAUUAUUUUGAAAAGUUCGUGCUUAAUUACACUGCGUGUGAGACAUUAACGUCUAAAGUGAUAGCAAAAGGAGAAACAUCAACUGAGCUGACCGUGAACCCUCACUGUCGGUACCGCAUGACGAUGCAAGCUUUGUACGAAGAAAACCUCAGCACACCGUGGAGUGAGGAGAAGUAUUUUGAUGCAGAGGCCGAUCCUAAGGCGUUGCUGUAUGCAGUCGUCCUCAUCCCACUGAUGUUUGCUGGCCUGACAGCCCUGACCUUUGUGUGUUGCAGGAAGCACAUAUGGAAAAAGAAUCACAUCUGCACUAAAGUACCUCAACCUCGGGACUUCAUCACAGAUAUUUCUGACAACAACAAUAAGAGCACUGCUGGCAAUCUGCACUUCCCAGCAGAGGAAGAGAACUGCAGAAUCUCACUGUUGUUAGAGCCGGAAAUCGACUAACGAAAAAAGACAAGUGAAAGUCUCCUGAGCUCCUGUUGAACCAGCUCAAGAGGAAAAUGGUAGACUGCGCUGUCGAAGAGGACACGUCUGCUGGUCAGGGCGUCGAACAAGCUUUUUUAUUGGCACGUCGAUGAGGUGUGUCAAAGAAACUGUGGCCGAAACAAUGAAGUGGUGCUGCUAGAAUCCUACUUCACCAAGCGUACUCAGUCAACGAGAUUCAAGAUGUGCUAAUAGAAACGGUGCUUUCCAAUUGUCUAGACAUUUUCCAAAGUUAUUUUUAUGCACAGUAGCCGUUCCCUUUUCAGUUUUAGUACAUUUGACCCACACAGUCAUGCAGCAGCCCCAGCAGCAGCAGCAGCUAGAGUUUAUCAGAUCUGUAGAGUCUAAACAACCAGUCGUUCUGCAGCGACACAUUUGCAUCCAAUAAAUUCACUUUCCCCCCAUUGUUUUAGCAUUUAUAAGUUGUUGUUAGAGAAUGUUGCCAUCAAAAGUAGCUGUUACCUGAAUGUGUAACCGAUAAGCGCUGGUGCUUGACUGUUUGAGAUCGUUUCCACUGUUAAUGUAUUUAUUUGUUUAGACUGAAACAUAAAGAGCUAAUAAAUCACAAAGCUUGACUCAGCAAUGUGCUAAAGAGCUGCUUUUCCUUAAUCA